CAACCGUGGAAGCCAAGAACCCCGCAAAGAAGCGGAGAUCCCGUCUGGUGAAAAUCUACUUAUCCUCGGCCUUUCGGCUCCCCGUCUGACCUCGUGGCUGAGCCACUCCCAGAAAUGCCUGCUACCAAUGAGCCGUUAUUCACUCCUCCGCAGGCUGAGGCUGAGGGAUUAGCCACAUAUAACACAUCGGCAGAACGUUUACCGCUUUCAGAUUACGACUUGAGGUAUCCAAGCUCGUCCCCGGAGAAUAGACAUCCAGCGAUUGAGGAUAUGGCUCCCUCGCAGUAUGUUGAUGAGGGGACAAAGGAGAUAAUAGCCCAGGCUUCACAUUUCCCCGCCAACGGUUCGCCAGAGGCCGGGGACCAGCCCCUCCAGCUACUUGCUACCGACAGUGAUAUCAUGUUAUUGCAUCCCCCCGGUAGUCCUAUAAUGUCAAAGCUUGAUAUCCUCCCCGAGACCACGAUUUCGGCGGGCCCUGCUGCCCCUGCCGAGCCUGAAGAUUCUUCAACCAGAGCUUCUCUUUCUGCCGUUGAUGUGCAUCCCCCCGGUAGUCCUAUAAUGUCAAAGCUUGAUAUCCUCCCCGAGACUACGAUUUCGGCGGGCCCUGCUGCCCCUGCCGAACCUGAAGAUUCUUCAGCUUCUCUUUCUACCGUUGAUAUUCAGCUCGUUGUUUCAUCUCAAGCUGAUAUUGAUGAUGUCGUUUUGGGUUUUCACAUGCUGGACCUGCACGAGGUGCUUUCGCCAUGGGUGCCAAUAUCUCCCACAGCGCCAUCUGUCUACGUCCCUCCUGCUGUGCAGCACUUAAUCACCGCCAUGAAUCGUCAACUGGAGAUUGAAUGCCAGGCUCGAAGACGAGCUGAAGAGCUUUAUCUAGAGGAAAUGCGUAAGCGCAUUAAGAUGGAAGAAGUGGUUGAUAAGUUACAGAAGGAAAGAGAAUAGACACGGGAGCAAGGAGCAUCUCAGCAACCUCCCUCAUUGGAUGCUGUACCGCGUGCGGCUUCGGCACAUGCAAGCCCAGAAGUUGCUUGUCAGCAGGACAGUGAAGCUAAACCAACACCCACUGAUAUCACUCGUCUGAAUGUGACGAUGGAGGACUUUUGUGCUUGAUGCUUCA